AUGCAAUCUGGUCACCAGCGUAGUCCUCCAUCACCACCACAAACAUCUAGUAAAAAAUUAAGACAAUCAACUACAACUGCAAUGUCAGCUAAUGUCGAAAGCUUAGCGUUAACUCUAAUGGUUAAAGAAAUUUUUUCGUCUCUAUCUUUUGUUCAGCAAAUGUGUAAUUCAUUACUAACCUCGGAUUUGUUUACUAACUCUAUUGUUAUAGUAGUUAAAGAAGCUGUAAAUAAGUCUCGUUAUCAAGUUGAAGAUUUGAAAUUUGAACUAAAGAAAGCGAAUGAUAACAUUUUACUGUUACAAGGUCAAACGAAUGACUUAGCACAGUAUAGUAAAAGAAAAGAUCUUUUACUGUAUAGUAUACCUUUUAAACAAAAUGAAAAUACAUAUGAUAUAGUAUUAGAAUUAGCUGCUAGUGUUGAAUUACAAUUGAACAAAAAUGAUUUUUAUGCUAUUCAUCGUUUGCCAAUAUCUAAACGAGAUAAAGAUAAAUCGCGACAAGCUAUUAUUAUUAGUUUUCUACGUUUUACUGACAGAAAUAAGAAUGUAUUUAUUAAUGAACAUUUAACACCAUUGAACAAUCAUACUUUUCAAUACGCUAAACAAAAUCUAAAUAAACAACAAGUAUUUACACUUAAUGGUAAUGUUUACUAUUAUAUGUCCAAAGCAAACUAUCGUUUGCUUCGUUCGGUGCCAGAUAUUGAUGGUUUAGUUAAAUUGGAUGAAUAA